AUAUUGUGAAUAAUUAGAAAAUUAUAAAAUGGAAAAAGGAAAAUUGAUUUUAUAGUGACCAAAGCCGUUACUUUUCAUCAACUCCUCGAGUCUUCUUAUCGCUUGCUUCUUCCCACUCCUCUCACCAUAAACCAAUAUGGUUCUCUCUUUGCUCAAUGCUUCUCUCACUAACCCAUCUCCGACAACCUUAAUCUCCACGAAUAAAUUCGGAAUCCCUUCUCGCUCUCGUCAAGGAACAUUUUUGCCGAUCGUUUCGUGCCGCAGAGAACCGGAGCAUUCGAAACCCAGAUAUUUUGGCCGAGAAUGCUCCGCCAUUGAACAGAUUGUGCAUCAGAAAUCUACGUUUCUUGUAGCUGCGUCUCUUGCUAUUGUUGUCUGGUCUAAUCCAGCUCAUGCUGGAUUUCUUUCGGGCUCCACGGGUAUGGAAUCAGUUCCCGGCCCUCAGUUGCCUCAGAUGGAUUUCCUCACUCGUUUUAAUGAGGAAAAUCAGAAAAAGUACGCAGAGAAUGAUGCAAGAUUCAAAGAAUCUCCAAUCCUCAAGAAGCUGCUCGAGCAGUCAAAGUUAAACAAGGAGAAAAACAAACAAGAAAUUCUUGACAAAUAUUGCAUUCGAGGAGCUGAGUGGGGAGUUGGAGACUGCUCGGCUGAUGGUAUGUCAGCGGAGGACAGGGAGAAAUUCAUUGCAAUGCUGAAGCAGAAGGCUGGUGUGGAGUGAGAUCAGCUGAUGCAGACUUCUCACUCACAACAUUCAUACACCUAAACUUGGGAUCUUUGAAGAAACCGCGUAUUUCUUCAACCAAGUAUCAGUUCAGUGUUGAUCUAUCAUCCUUGGAGAGGAAGAGCGUCGUUUGUUAUGCAGGAUGCAAUUUUCCUUGCUCUUUCAACCACAUUUCUGUAGGUUAGUUUAGUUGUACUAGCACGGGGUAGGUUUUAUGUCUUCUUAAAUUUUCAAAAAAAAAAAUGUAUAACUGAGAAUAAUAUUUUCAUUUAUGAGUCCAUUAUUGAUAUACUAUAAAAUUUGUUUCACGUUGAAA